AGCAGCUCUAGUCCAACUAUGCUCAUACCCUCUCAGCCUUCAUGUCGACAACAAUCACCAAGCGCAAGCGCGCGAGGAAGGCAUGCAUCCCCUGCCACGAGCGCAAGCGGAAAUGCAACUCCGAGUAUCCCUGCAGCAUGUGCACAACCUACCAAUACACCUGCAGGUACGCCGGCGACACCACCACUGGUGGCACUACAGGCGUCGGCGUCCAUGCUUCGCCCCUAACCAAGCGCGGCAGCCCCGGCGGCGGAAGCAGGAUGACGGCGGGCCGGGCCGCCCCCACAUCACAGAGUCCCGCCCGCCGGCCUCAUCUAGGGCGAGGACACCACGAAGCCGAUGCCUGCUCGUCGACGAUGAGUCCCGCUGGUGCGUCCGCGGCCUCGACCGCCACGCCUGUCGGAAUAUUUGACGAGCAUAAGUCCCGAUACGCCGGGGCAUCGGCGGCAACAGCAUUCCCGCACGUCCUGGGCGUGGCUUUGGGCUCCAACAGCCCUCCCACGAUGCGCUCCUUCGCCUACAACUUCGGCAUUCGCCCCGAGGAGGCUUCUAAUCCGCAUGGCUUGCUGGGUAGUCUCAUCUCGGAGUACGAACUUGGCUUGUUCUCGGAUAUUUUCUUCUCCGCAAUGGCCCCUAUCGCUGACUACAUGGAUGCGAGAAUCUACGCCCAGCGGUGCCGGGAUUACUACCACGGCUCCGGCAGCCCCGCGAUCGCCUUUGGCGCUAUUGCCGCUGGCGUCGCCGCUCUAGGGUCCUUCCUAUCCCCCAACAGACACCCGCGAGAGCCAGAGCUAGUGCAGUACGCCAAAGCCAUCCUCGACGACCCCGCCUCCAUGCGCGUGCUAGGCAUCGACCACAUCAUCGCCUGGGCCAUGCGAACCUUCUACCUCCGCGCCACAACCCGUCCCAACAACGCCUGGAUCGCGUCGUGCACCGUGAUGCACCUCUGCGAAGCAGUCGGGCUGCACGACGAGGAGAAUAUCAAGAAGAUGGCGUCUGUGGCUGGCGCGGCGGUCGUGGGUCAUGAUGCGGAUCGGUUGAGGAGGAUUUUUUGGAUCUCGUGGGCGGGGCAUAAUUUGCUUUCUUAUGAGUUUGAUCGGUCGUCUGUGAGGUUUCGGGCUGUGAGUUGUGGGGGGGUUAUAACGACGGCGGGGUCUGUGGCGGAUCAGUUCGUGCAGUUGGGUCAGAUUAUUCCAGUGCCUGAUUCGCCGUUCCAGCUUGAUUGCGAGGUGGCAACUCCGAGGGAGGAGCUGUUCGAGCGACUUAAGGCGUUGGAUAAACUCCAAGUUGUCCAUCCGUUCUUAGUGGUUACCAAGGCGGACCUAGCCUUCUGCUUCUAUCGGCGCGUUUACCAGCUCAAGAUGGGCGUGUCAGACGAGAUCGUUAAGCUCGUCAUUGAUGCCGGUAACGCCGCAGGUCAGGCGGCUGAGCAGCUAGCUAGUGAAGGUCAUCUGUUUUGGAAUGUCAUCGGUAGCGCCUUUCAGUAUGCCUGUGUCUUGUUAGCCAUGGACACACCUGCUGCCUCCGUACAUAUAGCCCCUGCAUUCAAGGGCUUGGAGAAUCUCGCCCAAGCCGCCGAUACGGGGCUGACGCGUGAGGCAUUGUCGAUGGCACGGCAUCUACUCAGUCUCACUAUGGGAAAGAAGCGGAGGGAGCUUGCACAGCUGGAAGCUGUUGAUGGGAGCUAUGAACCUUUGCAGGUGCAGCAGGAAUCCGAUACCAACGCCGCUGUGCUAAAUGUAGACUGGGGGUUGGACUGGGACCAGUUCCUCUUCGAGCCACAUCUAUCGAUGCUCGGUCCUAACGUCUAG